AUGUCACAGGGUAGGAAACAUCUACCCUGUACAUCUUUACACACGAAUUUACGUUUAGAUGCUGAAUACGGAUCAACUGAACCGCUCGUUCCUGUGAGUAAUUUUGCCGAUGGUUAUACUGUGUUUAACCGUGUCGAUGAGGUGGCAGUAGCUGGCUACCUGACGACCGUGACGAUUUAUUUCUACAAUCUACCAGUACCACACCUGGCAGAACUUAUAUUUUAUGUCAUCGAUCGAACAUUGGACAUUGCUCUAUUCAUGGUUCUUCAUCAGUACGUGGUACCUCCAGAAACAAUCACAAACAUCACAAAACAGGUAUUUUUGAUACCCAACUCAGCAGGAAUGUGGGUUAAUGAAGGUCAGUAUGUUGGAGUUGGUUUUGGUCCUUACGCUGGAAGUUCCUCUUUUGUCUAUCGAUAUAUGUACAUGAUUCAUCGUUCGAACUUGUCUUUUUAUAUAACUAACACUUAUCCGGCAAGAUUUGCAACAGAUGUUACACGAGGCGCUACAUUCAAAUUUACAAUUAGGUCAUCACUACCGGCUGUAACAACUGUUUCACCACCUAUCACAACCACUUAUGGAACAUUGGACAACAGUUCCGAUUCGGGGGUCUCUAUUAGGCUCACAUGGUUCAUCUAUGGUGAUCAAGUUAAACGUGAUGGCUACGUUCAGAAUCUUUAUGUGCUCACUGGCACUCCCAACUAUUCAUUCUAUUUUAAUAUUGUUGACGCAUAUGUAAUUCCGUCGACAACAAUUAAAGGUUGUACGGGGGUUCAAACCUUUCGAUUGCCCUCUGCUCGGCUUAACAUUACGCAAGGACAAUGGUUGGCUGUCUAUUUUGGUGUCAAUGAUCACGGCAACGUGCAACCGUGGGGUGGUAUUUCCUACUAUGUGGGGAACAGAGAUGGUUUCGCUGUUGACAAUCUCAGUUUUGAUGACUGUAUUGAUAAAAACAAUGGCCAAUAUUGUGCACUUUACAGAUAUACUUAUGGCGUGGCGAUCGCAUUCACCGUUGUUUCACUACCACACCAAUAA